AUGAGAUGUGUACACAGUGUACACGUCAUCCUGGCAGUGCAUGUCUCCUACGGCUUGGACCAGUUUGUUCGUCUGAAGUCUAUGACACCUUUCGAGAAGACUGGUCGCACUGGUUGCAUCUCUACGUCAAUCAAAGUCUGCUAUGAAUGCACGCGAGAGUUGAAUGACACUGCGGACCUUCCGCAACCGCAACUCUUCAGCUUUCGUGUGGACUGUCGAGGUGCCAAGGGAGACUUCCAAAACUUGACACUGUUUGAUUCCAAUUCGGUCUGUGCUCACCUGACCUACCGGAAGUAUGGCAACAGCUCUGCGAGGCCCACCUCCCAAUGGCUUCCCUUGAUUUCUGAUCGCAUCGUGACGAUGGAGAAGGGGGACGUGUUGGACUUUCAGUGUGUGCUCCGGAGCUUAGAAAUUUACACCGGCCUGGAACGAAAUUUACCCGAAAACGCGCUGGAGCAGAGAGAUUUCGCUGGUUUACCCUUCGCCUUCACCCCGAAAUUCAGUAUGAUUUUGGACGGAGGGGCCCAGAUCUUAGUCUACACGCCGCUGAUGGUUGAGCUGUUCUGCCGCCUUGGGCACUGUAAGCCUUGCACCCGAUCCUUGUCCGAGGCGUAUGAGUGGAAAAUGAAGGUGUCUAAGUCGAAGGGCCUGACCUAUUGGGUCAGCUAUGGCAGUCCGGUGUUGCAGCCGCAGAUCCUGCCUGAGGUGGAAUUUUCGUCUGAACUUCGAGGGGAGGUCUACAGACUGGACAAAGAUCUCGUGCAUGUGACGGUGAUGGAAGCCACCAGUUACAACUCUUGGAAGAAGCCUCAGGAUACCCAGAAGAAGUUGGUGGAGCUAGAUGACAACUUUUAUGGCGAUGGUGCAGAAAACGACCACAGCUUUUCGGUGGACUUUAAGUUGCGAGUGAAUCCCGACUUGCUUCGGAGUGAUACCAAAGAUGUGGUGGUCAGAUUGAGACUGGGACUGGGAAUCUGGUUUGAGGAAACGCCUAGCUACUUCAAUGUGACCCUUCCCACAAAUCGAGAUGAAAGUUCAUCAAACUGGUGGCGUUGGUUGACGCUUAUUCUGUUGCUCUUGACGUUUCUGGCUGCCAUAGCAUAUGUCUUCCGGGAGCAACUCUUCAUGUCAGAGGCGUUUCAGAUUCUUUGGAGGCGGUCUGCCGGGCUUCCUAGUGACGAGACCGGCGUCUCAAUUGAGAUGCAAAGUUGA